UUCACGUUUUUCGCACGUGUUUUUUUUCGGAGCAUUUUAAAGAUGGCGGAUUGUUGAGGAGUGAAAAUUAUCUCGAUUUCUCAGUUGAAUUUUACAGGGUUUCAAUGGCUGAAUAUGUAUUUCAAAAUGUGGAGGGAAUGCUUCCAGAGUUGGAGGAAAUGGAAAGGUUGGAAUUAUUCACCAAGGAUGAGAUAAAAUGUAUUGUGAAACGACGGACUGCGUUUGAAUACAAACUACAAAAGCGAAUCGUCCAAGAAGCGGAUUUUCUACGUUAUAUUCAGUAUGAACUGAACUUAGAUCUUUUACGAAAGAGAAGAAAGAAGAAAUGUGGAAUUCAGGAGAAAAUUCUACCUGGGGAGGCAGUUUUUAUUAGAAAGAUGCACUUUUUGUUCCAGUCAGCCGUCAAGAAAUUUUCAAGUGAUGUCAAGUUAUGGUUGCAGUACAUUGAAUUUUGCAAACAGGCUGGCAGUGGACAGGCAUUAGGAAGGGUUGUUGGAAGAAUGUUACAGGCUCAUCCGAACAACACAAGCUUGUGGAUAACUGCAGCAAAAUAUGAAUUUGAAGAGAGAAACAACAUAAAAUCAUCAAGGAUUUUGUUGCAAAGAGCCUUGCGGUUAAACUCAAAUUGCCAGAAUCUGUGGCUUGAGUAUUUCAGAUUGGAAUUGUUGUAUAUUGACAAGGUUAAGAAAAGACGAAGAUUGUUAGGAAUUAAUGCUGGAAAUGAUGAGGAUCCAGAGACACCAACUUCUAGUGAUUUCAUUUCUGGAAAAACCGCUAGAAUUGUUUACAAGAAUGCAACUCAGAAUAUACCAGAUGAUGUUGAAUUCCGUUUAAAGUUCGUCAGUAUCUAUUAUCUUUUCGAUGAUUGCGAGGAAGGUGUGGAUGAAGUCUAUCAAAGUUUGUCGAAAGAUUUUCCUGAAUCUGAAGAAGCCUGGAAUGCCUUGGCCUGUCGUGGUUUAAAUAAAUUAAAAGCCACAAAAAGCAAGAUUUCUAACAUGCCAGAUUUUGAAUGGCUCAAGUUGGAAGAAGAAAGGAACAAAGUUUUUGAGGAAGCUUUAAAAACUGUAAAAACUGAAAAAAUGUGGAAUUAUUAUAUUGAAGCGCGCUACAAUGACUUGGAAAGAUAUUCUAGCGAGAUUGUUAAAAAGAAAGUAAACGACUUGCUGCGGUUAUUCAAGUCAGCGGAUACGGCCAAGAAACUUUGUGCAAAUAAAUGCUUACUAUGGAUCGAAACGCUUUUACAAAAUGGGAACUCCAAAGAAGCCACGAAUAUUUGUAAGUCGUCGUUAAGGAACUUUCCAAGUUCUGUACAGUUAUGGAAACAGUAUUUUAAUUUACGAUCACAGGAUUCCGGCAGUUUAACAGACGGUUUUUUAGAUGAAUAUUGUGAGGCCUUGGGUCAGUUGGACUGUGAUGAGGACAUUAUUACGAUGUGGUUCAAUUGGUUUGAACUUUCACUGUCUUUCUCGAAAGAUGGGGCAGAGAAAACCGAGCGUGUAUACAAUCGUUGCGUUGCCGCAUGUUCGGCGAACGACGUCACCACGAAAAUUCACGAAGAUUACGUGGAGUUAGUUGUGUUAAGAGAUGGAAUUAAAAGUGCACGAAAACUUUAUAAAAGGUUGUUCAAAGAGAACUCUGUGUCUGUUUCGUUUUAUCGAAAAUGUUUAAGUAUUGAAGAAUCCCAGGCUGCUCCAAGUCUCGGACGUCUUCGGAAACUCUAUGAAUCAGCACUUGAGAGAUUUGGAUUAGAAAUUCCAGAUUUGUGGUUGGACUACAUCAAGUUAGAACUUAGCGAUGGGGAUCCCAACAUUGUGUCAAAGUUACAUUGGCGAGCAAUGAAGUCUCUUUCUGGAGACAACGUCGAAGAGUUUGUGACCAAAUAUGCAUUACUGCAACAGUCCUUGUAAUAUCCUGGAUUUCACAGCGCAAAAUCUUGUAAUAGAUGGCGGGUCAACUUUGGUGAACUUUCUAUUGUCCCAAUGAGAAAUAAUCAUUUCCUUAUUUGUAAAUAUGUUUGGAUUGGUCGACCAUUGACGAACCAACUUUAUCAUAUAAAUAAGAGUUUAAAAGAUCAGAAAAAAUUGUGUUGCACAUGAGGUAUAUGAAUUAUAAACUGAAAAACGUAAAGUAACAGGUCUGCAAAGUUCACUAUAUUAAAAAAUAUUCAAAUGCCAUUGUUAGCACUUGUUGCAAAUCAGCAAAGGUGUUUAAUG